AUGGGAAAUUACACGAUAUGGACUAAUUUCACACAAGUUCUGUCAGAGCUAGACGGGACAGGUGGCGAGGCAGAGGAGGACGAAGAGGACGCUGGGAGCAGUGGAGGGAGCGGUGGUCUGCGUGUCCUCGUCGGCUGCGUCCUCUUCCUGCUCAUCGUUUCCACGCUGCUCGGGAACACGCUGGUGUGCGCCGCUGUGGUCCGUUUCCGCCAUCUGCGCUCCAAAGUCACCAACUUUUUCGUCAUCUCUCUGGCCGUGUCUGACUUGUUUGUGGCAGUGUUGGUGAUGCCAUGGGAGGCUAUUACAGAAGUGACUGGCACGUGGCUGUUUGGACGAUUUUGUGGGGUCUGGAUUGCCUUUGACAUCAUGUGCUCCACAGCCUCCAUCCUGAACCUGUGCAUCAUCAGUGUGGACCGCUACUGGGCCAUCGCCAGCCCUUUUAAGUAUGAAAGGAAGAUGACUCACAGGGUGGCAUUUAUAAUGAUUGGGGUGGCUUGGACCCUGUCCAUCCUGAUAUCCUUCAUUCCUGUGCAGCUAAACUGGCACCAGGCUGGAGAGGAGGAGGAUGAGGAGGGGGUCAUGGAGAUGGUGGAACUGCUAGCUUCUAAUAGCAGGAACUUCACCAACAGCAGCAUCAAUCUCAACACCAGCUCUAUCACCAAAAGCUGUGUGGCCAACCUGAACAAAACCUACGCCAUCUCUUCCUCUUUGAUCAGCUUCUACAUCCCGGUGGUGAUCAUGAUCGCCACCUACACCCGGAUCUACAGGAUAGCUCAAACCCAGAUCCGUCGGAUCACGUCUUUGGAGAGGGCAGCAGAGCAGGCACAGAACCAAGGUCAUGGUGUCAACAGAAACCAGCAGCAGCAUCACAGGCCCAACGAUGAAGCCUCGUUGAAGUCUUCGUUUAAAAAAGAAACUAAAGUCCUGAAGACUCUCUCCAUCAUCAUGGGGGUGUUCGUCUUCUGCUGGCUGCCGUUCUUCGUCCUCAACUGUACAGUCCCAUUCUGUGACCCACCCUGUGUCAGCGACACCACCUUCACAGUCUUCGUCUGGUUUGGCUGGGCUAACUCCUCCCUCAACCCCGUCAUCUAUGCGUUUAACGCUGACUUUAGGCGUGCUUUCUCCACCAUUUUGGGUUGCAACCAGAUCUGCACCAACAACACAGUGGAGGCCGUGAACUUCAGUGACGAGCUUGUGUCUUACCACCAUGAUACAACGCUCCACAAGGAGCAGCUGGUCCCUGCACAGCCGCAGCAGCUUCCUCGCACUAUCAACGUUGGGUCUGACCACCUUGAGGACAUGAGUGCUCAGUUUGAUGAGGAGUCCAUCAUCUCCAAUGGCUCCUGUAGCCACAACAGACUGCUGCUGCUUCCUGCUACCGUCCAGUUGGAGGAUGACCCAGAACUGUCCUUGGACACAAUCACUCCAUUCACCCCAGCAGCAGGGAUGGAGAGUGAAGCUCUGAUACCAGGACAAGUCCACCAGGAUGGAUAGGCCAGGUUUGACCUGUACUCACAGAUGGCCUUGACUAUCUGUGUGGGUUAUGCUGCUACAUGCAAAAUGAAAGCAUAAACCUUUAUUCAACUGUGCCAAAACUUUCCUAUCAAAAUGCCUGCUUUUUUUAAGUAAUUGGGAACUCGAAAGGCCAUUGCUUACUCUUCAUUCUGAGCAGCACUAGAGAAACAAGAUUUUGCAGCAUUAGCCUCAGAUAACGAGCCAGGAUUAUGCUGCUGGAUCGUUUUAUUUUCACUUAGUGAAAGAAAAAUGAGACUGAAAAAGGAUCCGUCUGAAAAUGUGCCAACCUUUAAAUCUUUUCCUAAGGAUAUAAUCAAAAUUAGAAACAGGGAAAGGGUACUUUUUGUUUUAUGAAUCUAAACCAUAAAAUAAUUACCACAUGAUAAGCUGCUCUUAGUUUUUUUUUUCUCUAUAAACAAUGAAAGAAAAGGUUUCUUGAAUUUGACCAGAAGGAACUAAAUAACAAUGAGGGUCAGUUGCAUGACACAGAAGUCAAUGACAUAAGGGUGGACUUUGAAAGCUACCUCAUGGCAUGUAUAUUUUUUGGUUUGUGUUGCCCUGUAUGGAAAAACUGGUCCUUGCUUGAGUGUUGUCUUCAAAUAGUCAAUCUGCUGACCUGGGACAGCCAAAUAUCUCAUUCAUUGUAUAGUAAAUAAAUGAAUAAACUGACUGUUUUUGCUGCCGCUCAUCUUAAAUUCAUCCCCCUGCACAGUUUUCAGGCAUCAAAGAUAACCGCAUUACAAUCACCAGGCUUGUCCCUAAUGAUUUUGUUUGUCCUAAAAAGGCAUCAAUGUGGAGUUUUAGUCCAUUUCAUAGCCAUCCAAAAAGUUCCUUACAGAGGUUUUAAAUGCAGGGACAACAGUAAAGACAACCACUUGCAGUGCUACUACUAUUAGGAAUGAUAAAAAAAAUAAUAAUAAAUAAAUCUGAGUCUAAUAAUGACCAUUUUUAAGAACAUAGGUCAGUGUCUGAGCUGUAGCACAUGUACCACUACUUAGCAGUUCAAACUUUUUUGAAUAGUUUUUUUUUUAAAUCGUAAAAUAAUGGGUAUCAUCUGAAAUAGAAACAGGAAUAUUUUAGGAAGUCUACAACAGGGAGGCCUACAGAUUCCAGAUAACUAGCAAGCUAAAUAUUCCCUUGACUUUUAUUUUGAUUUUUUUUUCUUUGACUUACAUGUCAUGUGAGCCUUUUUGGCUCUCAUAUACUGUACAUUAUCAAUUAAAAAAAAAAAAAACUCAAGGAAGAAAUUGACAGAACAAAGUAUUUUUUUCUCUGGUGUUUAGUCUUUGAUUGAAUUUCAAAAAAUAAAUUAAAAAAAUAAAAAUAAGAAGGAGUUGUUUCUCAUUUGAAUUGUAUCCUCAGAAAAUCUAACUGCCCAAAAGUAGAAGGACUUCUGUAGCGUUAAUGAAGAUGGUUGAUGUUUGAGGGUAAAACUGUGUUUUCUAAAACUGUCAUACUUUGUCAGGCACUAAAGCUGAGUUGAUAUGCAGAACCUCUGAAACCUCUUUUACUCAUUAAUUCAUUCACUGAGUACAUCAAACAUGGGUGAUGCUUUUUUCAGGCUGUUUCAUUGAAUCAACCUGAAGUGUAAGGAGGACGCUGUAAAUCUCUGGAGAGGGAAAUAUAAAGCUGUGUGGAUUCAGACUCAGCGUGGUGUCAAGUGAAGGUCAAACAACUCAGGUUUGUCAAGUCUUGUCAGACACUGAUGAAGUGUUUAUGCUGAAAUGAAAAUGGGGCAGACCUGUCAAUACAACGUUUACGCGGCUUUAGGAUAUGAAACUGCAGAAUCAAGAGAAGUUCCUAUAUAGGACUUGGUACUCUCUGCCUCUUGACUCUGAAUUGCUUCUUUUUCAGUUCAUGAAUGACUAUUCAUCAGGCUCUUUGCUCCCCAGAUGGAAGGUCAGUGAAUCUGUUGAUCAUAUUAUAUUAAAAUUAGAGUAGAAACUCUUUGCAGGGUUAUCCAAGGUUACUGGGUAUAUUUCACCCUGAUUUCCAUACUUCAUACAAAACAUCAUUAAAGAUCUUGUUGAGUUGUUGCCAGGGACUCUUGAAGCUCAGUGCAUUUAAGGACAAUCCAGCAUGAGAGAGCUGACUGAUGGUUGCAGCAGCAGCAACCCUUUCCCCUCUCCUAAAUCUGCACACCUGUUUAUCUUCUGGAUUCAGUUUUCUUUCAGCAGAGGUCAUUGGUGCUAUUGUUAUAUUUGUGGAUGAUCAGUUUCUAUGUAUUAGAGUCUAGUUAAUCCACAUUUUCCAAAAGGGGGAGGCUGAAUGUUAAACACUGCUCCUCACAUGAUGUUGAAUUACAAAGUUGAGUAUUCCUAUGAUGUGUUGUGAAUUAUGUCAACCUUACUGAUAAAAUGGUAGACAUUAGCCAGCAAAGUCUACAGAAGAAUACAUUGACUCAGUUUGGGUAGUGAAAAAGUUAAAUUAAUUUUCUGUUUAGUCAUGUUUUCCAGUUUAUUCUUCUGCUCUGCUACCUUGGUACCAAAUACACAUUUGUCGAUAGAGCUUUCAACCACUGUCACAGCUAAACCCCUUCUUACAAAGAAAGGUUUAAAAAUCAGCAUUUAACAGAGAUCAUGGUUGAGAAAAAAUAUAGUUGAAAUAUGCUUUAAUCUUGUAGUAGUUUGACCCAUGUCUCAUCAGUCAAUAUGAAGGAGCCUGUCAGGGGAGUGUUUGAGAUGUGGCAUCACUUUUGGGAAGCUGUCUGUUAUCCACCUUGUAAUCAGUCUAUGGGUGUAAGUUAGUUAUGUAUCAUAUAAGAUACAUGAGCGAGACCGACUUUCUUUGAGCCCCUAUGAUUCUGACUACCUUCAGGUUUAUCUAAAAGAUUGUCAUCAGUUGUUGAAAUUCAGUCAUUAAUGUUUUUCUAACAAGUAGCCGUGAAGUUUUUAAGUAGUUUUAAUUUUUAUUUCACUGUAUUUUCCUUUCAUAUUCUUUUUCUUUAAUGUUUUGUUGAAUGUCGGUUUUUGUGUGAUUAAAAAACGUUUUGAAAAAUGAAUUGAGAAUGUUUAACAACCACAGCUAUUGACAUCGCUGCUAAAGCUUUUUGAUGGCUGAAAGAAGUCAAUAGUGUUUACCUCUGAGGCUGAAAUUCAAAGAGCCCAAUUAUUAAGACAUUUGGUCAUUCUCAGCUUCUCUUUCACUCCACCGCCCACUUUAGGUCCAAUCCUUUGGAUUAAUCCAGAGAAAAUAAAAGUCAUUAAUAAAUAAUUAGUGUGGAAACAGGGAGAGAUAACGGUGGAUUAGUUUUGUGUACAUGCUGUGAGGAUCAAGUCAUUAGCUGAGGUCGUAUAGCACGACAAAGCAGAAGAUAUUAAAGCUGUUUGUCAUAUGGGUAAAAAUAGCAUCUACACUGUGAGAACCACAAUUACUGGUGCUUUCAAAAGGUGCAGUGGUACUGACGACAAAGGGUCAAAUCCAGAGCUUUGGGUAUAAAGAGGCUGUUAUUGUUAAUAAAAAUGAAUAAAAUAUAAAAAUCUAGAGAGUCAAGAACAUUUUUCUUCACAAAAAGAAAAACACAAUUUAGGCUUUACAAAAAAAAACUAAUUAAAAGUGUUUAAAAUAAGAUGUAAAGAGAAGCAUUUCACCCAGAGGGUUACAUCUAGAUAAAACUAGAGUUUUAUUUAGAUGUAACCCUCUGAUGUCUGAUGUAACUAGAGUUUUAUCUAGAUGUAACCCUCUGGGUGAGAUGCUUCUCUUUACAUCUUAUUUUAAACACUUUUAAUUAGUUUUAUUUUGUAAAGCCUAAAUUGUGUUUUUCUUUUUGUGAAGAAAAAUGUUCUUGACUCUCUAGAUUUUUAUACUGCUCCUUUAUGACUACUGCAUGAUCCGACGAGGCUGACUUCCUUCCAUUAUAUCUAGCAUUUUAUAUUUUAGUGAAGGGUCUAUGCUUGGAUGCAUAACAAUGCAGAUGAGACCACUUUUCAGCAGCUUUUCCUCCUUAUAGAUUAUAAAUUUACUUCUAAAGAAAACUGUUGUGCACUGUUAUACAAAUCAACAGUGUGGAGAGUAGUUUGAUUUAAAGAAUAAAGUCCUGAAAUUUAAGUAAAAUCACUAGGCUAGAAGAUAUUUGUCUUUUUCUGCUCUUGUGACUUACCUUAUCUGAAACCUUCUCAAAGGGAGCUGUAAAGCGCUGAAAAAUGAUCAGUCUCAUCCCUGAUGCUCUUUUGAUUCAGAAAGAGGCACUGGUUUUAAUUUCAGGCUGCUUAAUAACCUGCUAAAUCUCCUGACAGGAACUUCAUGUAAAUAAAUGUCAAAGAUUAUGAUGAGAUGGUAUUUUAGUUGAUUAAAAUAAAAAUCAAUCAAAGUGAAGAGACAGCAAUCUGUGCACUGAAAGGCUGAACCAUCCCCUUAUUCAUAUGCAUCCUAGACCCCUUUGCUUUAGCAUUUAUGGUUGUGAUUAUGUGAUCUGUGAGGGAUUAUGAGCUGGCUUCAUAAAACAAGGUGAACAUCUUUACACUUUGGUGAGACUCCAGAGUCUGGAGUUGUCUUCAUACAUGUCUAAAAAUUCUUUGAGUGACCAUGAAUGCAAAAAGGCCUUAUUCCACUAAGGAGGAAAACUCACCAUCAGCCUGUGAGCAGGUUUAUGAUGCUUACAUCAAAUGACUGAUUUGAACCCGGAGAGUGACACUUAGGAUAAAUCAAAUUAUCACAAGGUUGAAAGAGGAGAAAAACUUGGGGGAAAAAAGGGGAAAACACUGAGUCUGUCUGUACUUCUAACUGCUGAUAUGUAGCAUUAAUACAAAAGGUUUUGAGUGCUCCAUCUGCCAAGAUUACAAUGUGGCUUAUACUUUAUACUUAAAGUUGUCAUGUCCUCUCAUCUGACAGGGAUGACUUUGGUCAAUAAAGGAGUCAGAGUUUUAGAAGGUUUCUCUAAAUUGUGGGAGGAGCAUCUGUGACAGAGACUAAAGUGAGCCAAAAAAAAUGUGAGGUAACCCUGACUGGGCUGAAUUUAACACCUGAGUCUGAGUGGUCAAAGUGACUGGUAAUAACUCCUCAAAAACAAUGUCAACUCCUCACAUUGUUUGACAACAAUAACCAGUGAGGGAAGUUAGUCCUGCAAGUCAGCAGAUAAGGAUACCGUUGCCAUGGUGGAACGACCAACUUUUGAGUCUGUAAAAAUAAAUUGUUUUAAUCCAAUUAAAAAUUGUCAAUACUUGCUGUCAACCUUUUUCUCUUGUACUUUAUUGUUGUAUCUUCAUGACAAAAACCAUUAUGUGUGAGGUGAAAUUCUUAUAAGCAUUUAUCCUUCAGUCCAUUUAUAGACAAGAGAAAAAAGGGAAGAAGCUGAGUUAUUCAGCAGUAUAAAGGUCUGUGGUACCUUCCAGUUCAAGAACAUCUUCUGGCCUUAUUGAGGUCCUAGAAGCAGGCCUUUCUCAACAAAAUCGAUCCAAAAUAAAGACAUCAAUACAGGCUCAGGUAGGAAUUCUAGUCUUUCCAUUAGUCUUCAGAUUGAACAGAUCAGUUUAGGCAAACAAGUAUUAUGAGAUCCAACAAUGAAAAUGAAAAUUCCGUUGAACCAACAUGUACCUGAUUUUGGUAAUCUUAUAAAAAGAAACUGAUGAUGCAUUCAGGGAAGUAUUGUGAAGUUAAAAAUGAACCUUUUAGGAGUUGAAGGCCAGAAUGAGUGGAAUAACAAAUCAUUAGGUUCUUGUUUGGCUUGUUGGUUCAGUUUUUCUUUGUUUUUCGUCUUUUCCAGUGUCUCUCUCCUGGCUCCUUUCAUCUUCAGUCAGUAGUGGAGUUGAAACAGAGUGGAGGCACCCGUGAACACCAGAGAGGUCAAUACCCUGAACCCUGCAGGUGUGUCCAACAAGCUCAGCUGUUCACACAGUCAUCGCUUUAUCACUGUGUGUUUGUGUAUAUGAUAGAGAGGCAGAUGGUGUAAGUUUAGGCUGUAACCCUGCAAUAGAG